UCGAGUCGCUAUAAAAAAAAUAUUGGAACGUCAACAAACAUAUGCCACGAAAGAAAAUAUUUCGAUUAGUAGGAAUAUGAUUUAGUUAAAAGUAAAAGAGGCGGAGAUUUCUAACCAGUUCAGUUAUAUAUCAAAUGAAAUUAAAGACAAACCAAGUGAUAUUAUUAGGAAAUUGAGAAAAAGCUCGGCAUUUGAGUGACGUGGACCUGGGACAUUUGUUGUUAUUUGUUGGUGAUUAGAAAAACAGAAUGUCCGCCAUAAGGAGGAAGCCAACGGGCAGCAAUGCCGACCAGGAGUUGCUCAUUGCAGAGCACCCAAAACCAGAGAAGGAGGUGGAACACCAAAAACCGGACAUUCGUGGAGACCGAAGGAAUAUAGCCAUACUGCUGUUUCUGUAUGUACUGCAGGGUAUACCCAUUGGACUUAUAGCAGCCAUUCCCAUGUUGCUUCAAAAUCGGGGAGCCAGCUACAAGCAGCAGGCGGAGUUCUCCUUUGCCUACUGGCCGUUCAGUCUGAAGCUUUUGUGGGCUCCUAUUGUGGACUCCCUGUACAUCCGAAGAUUUGGCCGCCGGAAAUCUUGGCUGGUCCCAGUGCAGUACCUUCUAGGCGCAUUCAUGUUGCUUCUUUCCCUCCACGUAGAUCGUUGGUUGGGGGGAAAUGGUGUGGAUCCAAAUGUCCCACUGCUGACGUUGCUAUUCUUCCUGCUCAACUUCCUAGCCGCCACCCAGGAUAUUGCUGUGGAUGGCUGGGCCUUGACCAUGCUUAAACGAUGCAAUGUUGGAUAUGCCUCCACUUGCAAUAGUGUGGGCCAAACAGCUGGCUAUUUCCUGGGCUAUGUUGUGUUCAUUGCCCUGGAGUCCAAGGAUUUCUGUAACACUUAUCUGAGAGAUGUGCCUCUGGAGGAGGGCAUGAUCACGCUGCCGCGCUUUCUUUGGUUCUGGGGAAUCACUUUCGUUGUGGCUACCACCUUGGUGGCUAUUUUUAAGAAAGAAAACGACAUUGAGGAUGCACACAUGGACGCACGCUACACCGAGGAGCACGAGUUAAACAUCCAUGAGAGUUACAAGAUCCUGUGGGACAUGGUACGCAUGCGUCCUGUCCAGAUCCUAGCUGUUAUCCUGCUCACCGUAAAGGUCACGUUUGCUGCCUCAGAUGCUGUGACCAGCUUGAAGUUAAUUGAUGCUGGAGUGCCCAAGGAUAAGCUGGCUUUGUUGGCUAUUCCCCUUAUUCCACUGCAGCUCAUCCUGCCGCUGGCGGUAGGUCGCUAUACGAACGGACCACGUCCCAUGGACAUUUAUCUAAAGGCCAUUCCCUAUCGCAUUAUUAUGGCCACGGUAGCCACUGGCUUAGCUUAUAUCACACCCUACAUAAUUCGUGGAGGAGUCGUGCCUGUUUAUUACUACGUCCUGCUGAUCACUAGUUAUGCCAUCUACCAAAUAUUCCUGUACUCCAUGUUCGUUGCCGCCAUGGCCUUCUUUGCCAAGAUCUCCGACCCCGCUGUGGGUGGCACUUACAUGACAUUCCUUAACACUUUGUGCAAUCUGGGCGGAAAUUGGCCCAACACUGUGGUUCUGUGGUUAGUGGAUGUGCUGACCUGGAAGCAGUGCUCCAGUAAUGCGGAGAACACCUGCCAGGGCAAGGAGGAGCAACAGAGCUGUGAAGCGUCGUCGGGCAAGUGCGAGAUUACCUUCGAUGGCUACUAUUUGGAGUCGGGAAUUUGCGUCCUGUACGGCAUCGUGUGGCUGAUGCUGGUGCGUAAAUGGAUCGUAUAUCUGCAGGACCUGCCCGUGCGAUCCUGGCUGGUGGUGAAGCAGAAGUCGCGGUAGCAAUCAAUAGUGUGAUCCGGCGCCAGAUACUCAUUCAGAUCCAGCACCGACUUGUAGGUACAAGCAACUAAUUCUAGGAUUAGGAGACGUUUGCAUUCUGUAGGCUAGAGAAAUUACAAAUUCCCGCCUUGGUAUUGUUUUUUGUAUAACUCAAAUUCCAAAGGAAAUAAAAUCAAAUGUUGAAUUGAGCGAAA